GUCUGUACCAAACCUUCAAAUUCACGUCACCAGAGGGCGGUCUUGUAGUCGUUAAAAAUGUUGGUCGGAAUCUGUCGAAAAUGAUGAAUCCGUUUUUGCAAAUGGUUAGAACUUUCAUUAUGUUGUAGCUAAAUUACUCAUCAUGAUUCGAUUUAGUAGCUAGUAAGUGGAAAAGACAUUUUGUCGGGGAAAAGAGUGAUUUCGGUGUGCGAAAGUCAUACGACUUGUGUCAUCUGACUGCUCUUCCUUCAAGAUGGCUCCUCCGCCGGAGUAUGAUAAGGAACCCAAAGCCCCGGACAAAAGUGCCACAAAUAUUUCCACUGAAGAUUCGAAACUUCUACAUAAUCUAAUAAAUGACCAGCACACAAAUUCAGACCACAAACCAACAAAUACGGCAGCAGCCGUUGAAGUUGAGAACAACAAACAUGUAGAGACUUUAGACGACGGACAAUUGCGAGCGCUGUUGGACGAGGCUAUCACAUACAAGUGUCCCAAAGAUCGAGAGGGUAAAAGCAGUCUAUUUAAGGAAUUGCUGGAGGAGGUGGAGCAGGACGAGCAGGCGUGCGAGGCGGCGGCGCGCACACUGGGGGCGCGAGGGGCGGGGGCGCGGCGCGGGGCGCGGGGCCGACGCGCGCUCCCACACUCCAACUCUCUGCAGGACCUGGUGGCGGCACUGGCGGCCGAGCCCGCGCCGCGCCGCCACCACGUGCGCCACCACGCACCCGCGCCCGCGCACAACGUCUCCGCGCGCGCCAUCCACGGCGGCAGUCUGCCCUCCGGGGUCGACACCUCGUCAUUGCUGAGCGAGGAGCCAGCUCGUGGCGCCGGGUAUCUGGCCACGGUGCGCUGCGUCAACCCGCCGCCGCUGGCCGAGAGACGAGUCUCUGCUAGCGACGCCAACACGCCCGCUGAAAUGGAACUACUCAACAGAAGAAAUAAGCCGAUGUUCCCGAUGACGUACACGGCGCGCGCCACGCUGGAGAUAGGCAGCGGCAGCGUGUGCUCGGGCCGCGCGGUCACCACCACCACGGCCUCCAACCAGGUGCGUACCUCCCCCGCCACCCCGCCCGCCACACCCGCCCCCCGCCACCGCACCACACCACAACUCCGACUCAUGAACGCUUUGCGCCCUCAGAGGCUACUCGAUCAGGGUGGUGGUAUGCAUGAGCUACCGGGACUCGAAGCACGCAACGUCAGACCGCGCGGCCCGGUCGCACUAUGCCGACACGACGACGGCACAGAAGACAAGAAACCUUCGGCUCGGCCCGUCCGGGCUGUCGGAGAUCACAUCGGAAACUUUACACCAAACAAAAAGCACGCGGACGAUUCUCAACUGUGGGCCGAGAAUGUCGACAACUGGUAUAAAGGCUUGUCGACCUACGCACACCCUCUAUAUUAUCAAACAGAGAAACAGCUUGUGAAUACUGAAGCAAUAGGUAUUAAAACUAAACAGAGCAUCGAGGCUACGAGUAUGGAAAGCAAGUUUGAUUCCGACAAUGCAGGAGCAAGUCAUGACAAUAAUUGUGAUGACGGAGGUCUAAAAGACGAUUUAGAAAUUAAUGUAAUGUCUCGUAUACCAGAGCCAAAUAGACUGAAAGAAUCUCGAGGUUUUAGAGAUAUACGUCGGUAUGACGGUGGACUGAAUAGGGUUGGAAACUCGAUACAUGACUAUGAUGAUUGUGAUAUAGAUUUAAGGAAAAAGUAUAGGAAACAAGUAGGAGAUAAUUUAGUAGUACCAACUCCGUCGGAUUCAAAUCCCAGGAACAUUAGACGUAUGACUAUAGGUCAGAUAGCUUUGCCACAAACUCAAGAUACCUUUUAUGUAGAAGCAGAUAACAAUGCCAAAAGUAUUAAUUCUAUAGAUAUGCAGAGAAGUUCCAAUAGUAUUAUUGAAAAAGAGGAUUCUCCUCCUCCUGGAGAUUGUAGCCAAGUAGAUGGUCCUUCAACUCCAUUAUGUGCUAGUCCAAAUAAGACCACUGAUGAUACGAAUGACAGGCCGAGCCAAUCAGACGAUCAGCCUGCGAAAGAGUGUGGCACACGCGAUGAAGUGGAAGAUAUAUCUUGGCUAACAACCCCAACACUAGACAGUGAUAAUCAUUCUCAAGGUAAAGAUAUAGAAUUGACUGAGGUAAAGCCUACAAGUCUAAGCAUCUAUAGCAUAGAAAAUCUAAACAUCAACAAUAUAGAGGAACUAGACAUCAGUAAUUUAGAAAAUCUAACCAUCUGUGAUGUAGAGGGUUCAUAUGAACAAUUUAUGUUAAACCAACAAGUAUUUCUACAAAGUAUAGAGGGUGAUGGCAACAGUAUUAAGUAUAUACCCCCAGACUGUGAGAAGGAGAACCAAAUUAAAACUUUAGCUGUAACUGAACCUGCAACAUGUAAUUCCAAUAAAGAUACAGAAGCGAGCGUUCAGUCGAUGUUGUCUCGGUGCCCGGACCCGACGUGCGGAGAGCAUGACUGCCAGGUCGACGGUCACCGCAAGCCGCAUGAUGAGCAAAACACGACGAACGACCAGAUCGUCUUAGCCCAGCUUCCUAACAAUGCUUAUAUUUUUUUAACAUUACCUCAGCCUUUAACUUCACAUAAUAAUGUUAACAUUUCUGUCCAGCCACUUCAAAUAGAAAAUAGUAACGAUGUUAAUCCUAUUGUCUCUAAAAGUAAUAACAAAUCCAACAAUAAUAAGAAGAAAAAACCAAAAGCUCCUGGCGGCACUUCAGAACAAGCCGUCAGUAGCGAUGCGAAGAAAAGUGCUCUAGAUAAAAAUAUCCUUAAAGUACUACUGUUUGAAAAUCUCUUUAAUAACAACGUUAACGAAAAUAUAUCGCACACUUCCGAGGUGCCUGCUAUCACCAGUAAAGAGGUCGAUUCCGCUAUUUCGUUUAGUUGCAUCACAACUCCAGAGGUUGUGUCCAGUUGCAACACGACGUCAUCCACGGCGCAGUCGGCGGUCGCCGUCGAUCCCAAGCCCCUGCAGUUGGGCAGCGAGUACCGCGCGGUGAGCAGCCUGGUGGGCGCCGCGCCCCCGCCUCCGCCCGCGCCCCCGCCCGCGCCCGCCCCCGUGCCCCCGCCCGCGCUUCCACAGCCUCGCAGCGUCAUCUCCAGCAGCUUCAACGGGCUGCCACUGUCACGACCCAACUACGGCGCCACUGCCAACUCCGCUCCAGAAGAGUACAAGGUUAUUACUAAGUCACUAGAUGAAAACGGCAACUCAGUACAAGGAUUCAGUUCACCUCUUUCGGGAUCUAGUCAACACAAAAAACCUAGGAGGAAAAAGUCUUCAAAGAAUGAGACCGUUAUCGACUGCCAGCAGAUUGACGGCUACCAAGGUGAUAAGGAUGUAAAUGAGCUCUUGCGAUUUAUAGAAUCGAACGCAGACAAUGGUCGCGGUCCAAAACUAGGACGAGUCAAGCACAAGGAUGACUCCGACGACAAGAGCGGCAAGAAACGCUCCACUGAGCGACGCAAAGAUAAAGAAAAUAAAAUCAAACGCGCUACCUCCAUGGAGGAACUAUCUCGCACCAAGAUAGAAGACCUCACCGACGCGACCGAAUCCCCACUGCGCAGCGACAAGAAGGAGCGCCGCGGCGACGUACCCAAUAAGGCAGAGCGACGCUCUUGGGGAGACGACGCGAGAGACACCAUACUCUACAACGACCAUCCCACUGACAGCCCCGUCGCCGCCGCAGAGCUCACAGACUUCCAGACCGUCACCAAAAAGCGCAAGCCACGCCGACGCACUGACGAACCAGAACCCGCUCCGCGACGCACGCGGCCCCCCUCGCCACGCCCUCGUCGCGAGUCCGCGCCGCCCUCCGACCGCAGCAACGACUCCAACGACGACAUGGACUCUGUGCACUCCCUGCCCAGCGCCCCGCCCGCGCCCCCCGCCGCGCCCCCGCCCGCGCAAGCCUCCUACGCUGAUAUCGCGCGCACGCGCCACAACAUCCCUGACCUCAUCGAGUCCUGCAACUUCUAUGGUGACGGCGUAGCUCCGCCCGCCACCGCUCCUGCCGACGCAGAUGGGUACCCCGCGCUGGACGCGCGCCAGGCGGCCCGGCGCCGUGACAAGGCGCCCCCGCUGCGUCGCAAAGAGCGCGCCGCGCCGCCGCCCGACAGCGCCGCGGCCGAGGCGCCGGCCCCCGAUGUGGUGGCGGACCGGCGGCCCGCUGUCAUCUUGCUGGACUCGGGCGCGCGGCCGCGCGACAUGGACGGCGUCACGUUCGGGUUCGAACUCAACGAGCAGCUACUGGGCGGCGGCGCGCGUCGGCCGCGCUGCGAGCUGGCGCUGGGGGCGCUGGCGCGGCCGCGCUGCGACCUAGUGCGCGACGCGGCGGACGCGGUGGCGGUGCACGCGGGGCUGAGCGCGCUGCGCUACGUGCCGCCUGCGACGGCGCCGGACGCGGCCGCGCUGCUGCAGAUCGUCGACUACGUGGGCGCGGCCUGGGACGACGUGCUGCGCUGCGGGGCCGGCAAGGUGCGCUACUACAGCGAGUAGGCCGCGCCGCCCCGACUCUUAGGAGGCGCCGAGUUGAGCGCGACCCGACGGUCGGCGUAGAUCGUCGCCCCGUCGAUUCUCGCGAGUGUUCGAGCUACAUUUUACUAUAAAAAAAAAUUGAUAAAAAACAUAAUAUACAAAAGAAAAAACUGACACGAAGUUGAAUCAUUCCGCGGUGUCCUCGAGACAAAUAACGUAUGAGGUGCGGGUGAGAUGACGAUGCUAGUGUGAUGUGCAUCCACAAUGGCCAAGUAAGGAGUGUAGUGUGAAGUGACGGACUCGUUGGAGGGAUGCGUCGGGUAUCGAGUGUAGGGCGUGCAGUGACGUGGCGCGGCCUCGCUCUCCUAGUUGUACUGUGAUGCGUAGAUGCGACUGAUCGAUAUCUCGUUAACUUUCAAAUGAAGUGAUUACACUGUUAACCUUGGUGUUCUCGCUGUGGUUAAAGUAAAUUGUAUUUUGCUUAAAAUAAUGAAAAGUGGCAAUAAGCAUUUAACGGUUCAACUUGCACUUUAAAAAUCUUUAUUUGUUAAAGUAAUUUAGAAGAUGAUGUAAUUUUAGUUUGCGGUCUGGCGCGUGGUCUAUUUUGCUGAAUGUUACAUAGAAUGCAACAUCAUUGUGUGGGUGGGAGUCACGAUUGCUUUAUAUUAACGGAUGUAUCACUAAACAAGUGUUAUUUGCAUUUUCUGUAUAUUAAAUAUUAACACCCUGUCACCCUGCCCUGCUUUAAGUUUUAAAUUAUUUGUGUGAAUGUACCAGAUAGACGUAACACAGUUUGUGUAAUCCUUGACUGGACUAAUAGCCAAGUACAAAAUUGCCUGAGUGGUUCUGUCAAAGAUCUCAGUGCAGUGGUGAUUGGUGAGUGUAGAGUGCAGCAGUGUGUAGCGCUACUGCGGAGUCGCGGUCGCGGCCAGCAAGACGCGCCAGACGGACACUACUCAUGUUUAGUUCCACUUGAAGAGGCAUGUAUUAUUUUGUUUCUGUUGAUUUUUAUUAUGCUUUUGUUAUGCUGUAAUCACAAAUAUUUGGCGGAUUUUUCUAACUAGCCACUCAAGUCUAUUUUGUUAUAUAUUUUUAAGUUUUACCAUUAGAUACUACCUACUGUAAAUAAAAUAAAGAUCUUAUAAGAAGUAACUGGCAUACUAGAGGCGGCGCGGCCACGCUUGGACAUGCUCUUACUACGACUCAGUUUAUACUGAACUUGUGUAUGUUAGCAGUUUUAUUUGAAGAUCAUAUAAUAUGUAAGUAAUGUAAUAUCACCUCCAGUUGUGUGAUUUAUAUUUUUCUCGUAUAAUUCGAGUGUACAUAAAAUUUGAAUUUCAAUCUUUAGUAAGAUCGUGACCAAGUGACAUACUGCUUCUGUAUGUAAAUUUAACAUCUAAAUAUUAUAUACUUGUGGAUGUAUGUUAUGUACAUGCGAUUACUAAAAACUAUCGGACGGCGCACCCGUCGCCGGCAUUAGCGUUGUUCAUUUAUUGUCAUGCAAACUAACUAAUGUAUGGCAAAUUAAAAUGGUUGACCAAACACUUGUAGUCAUUAAGAAGUCAUUCAAAUUCACCGUAGUCUUGUGGAUACUUGUUUACAGUAACGUAAUUACACGUCCUAAGUUUAUUCUUAUAUUACAGAAUCUGUGUACUUUGGGCACUCGAAAAUAUAAAAAAAUGUAUUGACUACUGUAGGAAUCGUGUGAUAAAUGAUAUCAUCGGUAAGAAAAAAUCAUGGUUUAUUUAAAGUAGUUCCAAACAUAAAGUGAGAAUUAUUAUAAUUAUUGUGUAAAAUAGUCAAUUCUACGAAAAGUCGCAUUUACGUAACAAAGGUUUAGUGUGAUUGUUUAUUUUUAUACCAAAACAUUGUCCAUCAUACCUUCUUGCUAGGGCCUGCGUGCAUGACAACUCGCUAAAUACAUACUGAAACAUAAUCCUGGUUGACUCAGAGUCUGGUAGCAUUAUGUUUUUGUUAUGUUAAGCAGUAAAUAAAUUAAAUGAUAAUAAGUGAGUAGGCAUGCAAGCGAGCCUAACUGUAAUUGCUUUGGAUCUUGGAUCCAGAAUAUAUUUGACAUAAAACUAGUCGACAAGAAAACCUAAAAAAAAGUUUAUAUAUAUUCCUAUGAAAAGUACGCGACUUAGGAUAAUAUUAUUCUUUUAUGCAUAAAUAAGUAAUGAGCAUUUCUAAUUUUACUGAGAUAUAAAAUUAGUCUUGUAUUGGCUUUUUACUGUACCUACCACUAUAUCAGGGUCCUUGGCAUGCCUUCUGACAUGGCAUACAUUUUAAUAACUUUUACCUAUGUAAGACUUUUCGCCAAGAGUGUCUGAUUCAUCAAUUAAUAAUGUCAUUGAUAAAAUGAUUGAUGUAAAUGGAUAAAUGCCAACAAGCUCACAUUAAAGAAAUUCUACGAAAAUAUCGUUAAUCAUGAUCGUAUUUAUAAUUACAUCAGAUUUUUCUAAGGUGUAGUGAUUAAGAUUAAUUUGUGCUCAAUUGUUUGAUACCGUGGUUGCCUACUAUAAAAAAGUGACAAUGCAUUCAUAUAUGUAUUUAGAAUUUCGAGGACUUUUAAUAACUAUAUCUUCAUUUCAGAAAUUGAUUUCAAUUUGAAUAUUAUAUAGGGUUUACAGCUUCAGUCAUUUGUUCUAACCCUAAGCAAACUUAGGUAGAGGUAUUUUCUAUACAAUGCAAUCACUUGUCUAUGUCUUCCAUGUUGUAUAUGUAGCUAUUCCUGUAUUAUCUGUCAGACAAGUUAGUACAAAUUAUGUCUAAUGCAGAAGGAUCUGGUGUAAUUGAGUAAUAACUACUAUAUGAGCCUUGGGCCCAUUCAAAUAAAAAGCUGAGAUAUCAAACUCAUUUAGCUUUCUUUCAUAAAAUAUACAAGUAGUCACUUAUUUGGUUGGAUGAUUCGUCAUUACAUAAAAUCAGUAUGAACGGCCACAACAUUGUAAAUAUAGUGUACAUUAAUUUCAUUUUAAUUUCAGAGAGAUAAUGUUUUAAAUAUUGUUGAGAUUGAUAUCAAUGUACUGAGAGGAAGCUCAUAUCAAAGGUAUAGAAAUUAUUUAUUAUUUCUUUCCCUUGUAAAAUAUGUAUAUAGAUAUUCAGAAAAUUAUCGGAUUUUAUCGUUUUAGUGCAUCCUAGACGUUGUAGAUAAAAGAUCUCUAAGUUGGAUGUUGUGACUACACACGGAACAGACUUAUGAAGGGGCGUGUCUCGGCCACAAGUCGCGCGCCCGCGCUACUGCAUGCCCGCUGCGUCAGUUCUCACUGGCCCUCGUCAACUGCUGUAUCUAUUGAUUCUGAUGCAAAUAUGUCAUCGUUUACGUUUUUAACGUGCGAAGGAAUUGCUGGUUGUCUCUUAAAUUGCUCGACUCUUUGGCACAAGUUGGUAAAUUGACAUGUACAUAGAAUCUCUUAUGCUAGACCAGUGUCCCUGUUAGAAUCGACGCAGCGGGAUGGUGCGCCAUGCUAAGCGCUGUAGGCGUAUGCCGCCCUAAUAAUAUGUAUUGCAAUUACUAUGCUGAAGACAUAACCAUUUAUAAUAUUAAUUUUAUCGUAUUUUAAAAGCUACUUGAAUAUUUUUUAUGCCAAGUAUCUGGAGAUCUAAAAAUAUACAUAAGAGAAUAUAAUUAAAGUAUGGAUGAGCUAAAAUUAAUUAUCUUGAGCUGAAAUAUAUGUAAUUAUUUUGUUUAGGUAAUGGAGUGAUAUUGCUUAGGAAAGCUAUUUGGCGAAGUGUAAAUGUAUAAAUAAAUUAAUGCUGAAACAUAAGUUUUUGUACGAUUGUGUCAUUUUCUGAAUAAAUAUGUAAUUUCUCACUGCAACUACCAUUUUAAUAUCAGUUAAAAUUUUUAGUUCCUGCUUCUUCCUGUAGCACCCAUGGAAUAAUUUUUGUUCAGAAAAUGUGACAAACGUUCUGUAUCAUAAUAUGUACCAAUAUGAAAAUUUUAUUUAUCUGCUUUGCAUCUAACUGUUUAAUAAUUAUUCUAGGUUUUUACUCUAUUCUUUACUUGAAACUACUUUUAGGGCUUGUUUCUCAUUGAUUGAGUGUCUGUUAGCCUGACGGAUACUUGCCGUAUUUUCUACAGGAAAUGUGCUAACAGAUACUUAGAUCAGACAUUGUGGUACAGGCCUUUAGUUUAAUAGAAAUUUAAAAGACGUCGUUGAUGAAACUUAUACUUUUAAUUCUCCCUUUAGAACAGGAAAUUAGUAGAAACUGGUGAUCUCGGGUAUAAUUCAAUCAGUAGCUUCUACUCGCAUAUUUAUGGGAAUAGAAACUUAUGAAAUUGUAGAUUUCUGUGACCACAAAAUUAGGUAUUACAAUUCGUUUUAAACGAUCCAAUUAAAAAAUGUAAAACUGCAUCCUAAAUAAUCCUAAUAUUAGAUACAGAGCGAAUCAUAAUGGCGCAUUUUUUGUGACAUGUACCUACGUGUUUUUCAUCAGACAACGACGUCUUUUACAUUUUAUUACUUUGUCAGUUGGGCCCGAUAAACGAGUUUAAUUCUUACAAAAAGUUAAAAGAUUGUUUUCAAUAUUAAUUUUCAUGAACAGUCGUGGCAUUACCUUGUUUUUGGUCGAUGUUUGCUACAAAUGUAUGAUACUGGAGUGUGAGUUAAUUUUACCUACAUUAACUGUGUAGAUGUUAUAUUAAUUUAAAAGUAUUUUAAUAAGUGAUUAGGUUCUGUCCAUGACUGUACACUUUUGGUUAAGUUCAGGGCUAUGAAAGCGCGACAAUAUUGACAUUUUUGUUCGCAACUUUCUCUUUAUCAUUGUUCUUUUGUAAAUGUGAAUAGAGUAAAAAUUUAGUACCGAUUUUAACUGUAAAAGAUUUGUUUAUAAACAAUAUUGUAACCAACUGCAAUUUACAGUUAUGUACUUUUUCACUGUUUCCGUUUUCUUAAUAAAAUGUUGAAAAUACAAAAUCUUUGUCUUAUAUAUAUGUCAAUCUAUAAUAAACUAGCUUCUGCCCGCGACUUCGUACGCGUAAUCCCAUUUUUUCCCGUCCCCGUUCGUGAUUUUCGGUAAAAAGUAAAAAAAAAUUGGUCAAAAAGUAUCCUAUGUCGGUCUCCUGGGUCUAAGCUACCUCCCUACCAAUUUUCAGCCAAAUCUAUUCUGCCGUUCUUAAGUUAUAAGUGGUGUAACUAACACGACUUUCGUUUUACCGACUUCAAAAAAAGUAGUAGGUACUAUGUUCGGCUGAUUGUUUUUUUUUUGUUUGUUCGCACAGUACUCUGCCAUUUGUGAACCGAUUUCGAAAAUUCUUGUUUUGUUUGAAAGGGUAUACUCCCGAGAUGGUCCCAUUUCUAUGAGGUCAGGAUCUGAUGAUGGGAUCCUAGGGAAACCGAGGGGAACUUUUGAAAAUUCUAUAGGCGAGUAAUGCGUGUAUUAUGUUUUUUAAUUAUUUUUAAACACUACAAUUUGAUGAGGGUCUGGAGUCGACCUGAUGAUGGAGCCGACAGACAUUCGAGGGAACUCCUCAGCGGUAUACAGAUACUGUAACUACCUUGUGUUUUGGCUUGAUUAACUUGUAUUGAUGAAGACUUUACACCUAGAUAGAGUGGGGCUGUCAUUAAGGGUCUGAUGAUGAAGAAGUGUAAUUGUUAAGGGAACUCCUCAACGGUAUACUGUAACUACCUUGUGUUUGGGCUUGUAUAAUUUGUAUUGAUUAGAACUUUGCACCUAUGUAGAUUAUAAGUAACAAAACGGGUACAUGUAGAUUUACACUGAAAAUGAUAAAAUAAUAAAAUAAAAACUGCGUUUAAAAAACCGACUUCAAAAAACCAAAAACUAAUAAUAAAUAAAAGUCAAAACUAAAAAGCAAAAAAUAACUACUAUUGGUACUGAUAGGUUACCCACCCACUGAUAGGUUAGAAGUCGGUGCCAUAAGCUCAUAUCAUAAUGAUAUAACUUAAUGUCCACAAAAUUGUGAAUUAGGUACCUAUUAAGGUUUUAAUGAAUAAUUUCGUAUGAAACUUAUGGCACCGACUUCUUACCUAUCAGUGGGUGGGUAACCUAUCAGUACCAAUAGUAGUUAUUUUUUGCUUUUUAGUUUUGACUUUUUGUUUGUUAUUAGUUUUUGGAUUUUUGAAGUCGGUUUUUUAAACGCAGUUUUUAUUAAAAAGAAGCCUAUUUGUCACUACAAAUAGGCUUCUUUUUACCCCUGGGAAUGCGGGCGAAGCCGCUGGCAGAAGCUACUUUCAUAAUUCUUCGAAUGAUACUCAUUAUAUAGAAAUUCUUUAUUGUGCAGUUAGCUAGAUUUACUUCAGAAAUAGAAUCGAAAGCAAAAUUUUAAAAAAUUGGUAUUGGGUGAUAUUAAGAACAAAAUCAAUAUUCAGUGACAUAUUUUAUUUUCAUAAUCAACAUGAUACAGAUGUUUAUGGCUUCGUAUUCAAAUAUCAUUCUAUUAUAAUAAAAAUAUUAACAAAUUAUCUUACAUCCACUUGAAAAUGUACAUUUGUAAUAGACCUUACAAAAUAUUCUAGAUCACUACAAGUUGAUACCAAGAGGCGUAGCGCCCUCGUCAGCUCGUCGCGGUCACAUUAGCGCCACGUCGCCUGAUAUUAACUUGUGUUCAUUUUUAACACUUACAAUAAGGCAUUAAAAGAUACGUUUUACGACGCGACAUUUUCUAUUAGGACGUAAAGAGCUUCGUUUAAUGCCCGCUAGACAUUUGUCACUUUCUAGAUUAGUAGCAAUGAAUAUAAAUUUUAUUGAUUAAAAUUGAAACCUGUCCAUUAGAAGCACCUGAUUUUAUAUAAUUUAAUAAUCACGUCUACUUAUUAAUUUUCUUGGCUUCUACAGAAGAUAAUAUACAACUAAAUUAAGACAAUAUUCCAGACCCGAAGUGGGAUUAGUUAAAAGGAAAUUUCAUAAUAGAAUUCAGUUUGUAACUGAUGAAUAACCUUCGUUCCCAGUCCUAGACCAUUUCAUGAAUACAACUCUUGGGUUCUUUAUGUUUGGAUUACAAGCACAAGUCAAUAUUAGUCGGAACACUAUGAUAAGCCCGUUAUUUUCGAUUAAGUGAGUGAAAUACUUUCGUUGUUAGUUGUAAUGAGAGAAGCCUCGAAACGUUCAACACGUACGACCAAAAGCGGUGCUCACAAAUGUCUAAGAGCUAACAACUUAACUAUUAGGCCACGAGUCGCGUGGAAAUUGAGAUAGCGUCAUAAAUAAGAAUUAUGUACACGUUAAUCGUACGAUAAACUAAUUUUGAAAAAUAACAAUAAAUAAUAAAAACAACCACAGUUAAUAUGGAAUGAGUAAAACUUCCAACGCAUGUGAUGGCAUAAACGAAAACGACGUUAGCCUAGAGCGACACUGACGACUGAGACUCGAUCCGGUGACACGUCUCCCACCGAGAGCGGAGGCGCCGGCUAGAAGAUGUCGGGACAGGCGCUCCAGUCCUGGCGCCGCUUGCAGUCCCAGUAGCGAUGCGUGUACAGGUGGCGCAAGUGUUGCUGGCCCUGCGCCGACAGCGCCUGGCGCGAGAACCACAGCGGCCGCGGCCCCGCCGGCGCCGGCGCGCCGCCUGCCGCCGCUUCCUCGGCCGCCGCCUCCAGCUCGCGCCGCUUGGCACGCUGCUUCUCCUCAAGUCGGAGCUUUUCCGUGUUGGCCUCGUCCCAUAGGCCCUCCUCCAUGAGGCGUUGGUCGGGGCGGCGCCGCGAGUCGGUGGGUGCCACACCCUCCUCAAACUCGUUGAGCUGCGCGGCCAGUACCGUGAAGUUGUACCACUUGUCGGAGUCUGAAGGCGCGGCGACGCGCUCCCAGGCGACGGUAAACUUGCCAGUCUUGCAGACCGUGUUGUCGGCCGACGUGCUGGUGACGGGUGCCACCUCCACGCGGUUGUCCCAGUGUCCCUGUAGUACGUAGCGAGGCUGCAACAAAACAGUUACAUUUACUUACAUUAACAACUAAUGUAAUAUAGAGUGGGAGUGCGUGAACAGUGAAACUACGAAUUUUUGGUGUCAUUUUGGCUAUGACGUGAUUGUUUUAAUAGCUAAUAUAAUUAUUAAUAAGCAAACAAUACUAACCACUCCCUGUGGAUCCUUGAUAACGCCGGUAACCUUCCUCUGCGUAUCCUUGCUGAAGUAUCCGUAGGGCAGGUACUUGAGGUGCGCCACGUAUCCCGCGGCGGGCCCCGACUCGCCCACGAUGUCCAUGUCACCGUGGUUGUCCACCCACAACUUGCCGACUAUUAUAUUGUGCACUGUUGUCGUCACCUGGAACGUUUAGUGAACAUACAAUGUCUGGUUUGAUGACCUUAUAAUUACACUUUGGACAGCAGAGUUGAAAAUGAUGACAGUCAAACCUCCACUAGAAUUAGAGUCAAAGGUCUAUUUCUAACCCCAGUUCAAGAAUUACAAGCAACCAUUCUCACAUAAUUUCGACUGUGUUGUUCGUCUAUAUAAACAGGUACUGUAUAAUGUAUAUAUAAAUGGUUUGUAUGUGUUUAUUGUAAAGUUAUCUCAUAUAUCUCAUAGGCUUUGGAAACUAAAGGCAGAAUUUGUAAAAAAUAAAUAAAUAAAAAUUUAUCAAAGAUCCAAGGUGAGCAUGAAAUGUGGAGUGCUACAGCUACAGUAGUUGAGGUGCAAGAAAUGCUACCUUUUUCCAAUAGUAGGAGCUAUUGUCGGGGAAGCAAAUAUUGGACUCUGCCUCAGGGUCUACCGUGAUGAACUGUCCGCGGAAGCGGCUGGUGACGGAGAUGUCCUGGCGACAGUGCCAGCCCGCCGCGCCCUCGCAGUGCUGCGCCGAGCGAGGCGGGUGGUGCGACACCUGCACUCGCGCACUCUCUGCACUGUCUACCACACCCGCUACACGCGUGACGCAAUAUAUAGGGGCAGCAAGUCUUAUUGCGUCACGCUGCGGGUGUCGAGUGCCUAUCGUCUCCCACCCCGGCCCGUGUGGUGCGUACCUUUCUCCAAGUGUAUUUGUUUCCAGAGCUAGGGAACAUGGCGGACGCGCCCCCCAGCGGUAUGACCUGAAGGUAUUUCCCCCUAAACUUGGUGGUCAUGGUGAACUCCUGCCAGCACUGCCAACCCGCUUGCCCCUCGCAGAACUGCGCUACCAUCGGUGGAUGAUGGGAAACCU